AUGCGUACAGGAAUGCAAUUGAUUACACUGUUCAGUGUAACGUUAGUGCUGCUACUAGCAUUUGCCGAGAUGGCAUCUUCUAACCCACUGUCACUAAAUUCGGAAUCGCGCCUGCAAGCCUAUGAAUUACCGUCGGCGAGCGGUGUUCAAUCCCGUAGUGCCAUGGUACAGACACUCACCUGCACAAAUCCAACCUGUUCUGCCCAGUGCCGUGGACGUGGCUAUCGCCGUGGAUCGUGCACGAUCGGUCGUUGCUUCUGUUCGUACGUGUAA